CUUUUGUCACGUGCGUUUGACAUUGACAUAUUUUUGAAAAUAGGUUAGAAAAUGUGAUAAUGGCGGUCGCCAUGGCUGCUCAAUUCAGUGAAGACGGUAAAUAUUUCGCAAAACUAACGGCAGACGGCAAAUUAAAAAUAUGGAACACACUUACAAACAGCUUCGAACAGGAAUACACUCCAGAUUUCCAUUUAACUACUCCCUGUACGUGUCUUCAUUUCAUUAAUUUGAACACAUCAAGAAUCAAGGGAGUUUCACCCAAGAAGAAAAAGAGAAGACUCUCAGAAACUAGCUCAGAACCCAGUAUAGCAUUAGGAACAACAAAUGGUCUUCUGUUAUUGUAUUCGUUAUCAAAAGCUAAUGUAGACUUUACUAUUGACAGUGCAACUAGCCAAACCAUAAACUGUCUCUCCUCAGCUGAUAGCUGCAUUUUAUACUCAGGAGCAGGUCAAAACGUUCUUGUGUGGAAUAUAGAAUCAAGAAAAUUUCUGAGCAAGUGGAAGGUUGGAAAUGAAACAGUAUCAGCAAUUUUAGCUGUUCCUGAUACCAACAAGAUUUUUACAGCAGCAAAAAGUAUCAAACUAUGGGAUGUACAAACAAAACAGGUGCUACGUACAUUUACUGGCCACAGUUCAGAGGUGACAUGCUUAAAAUACAUUUUACCCAGUGAUACCAGUAGUACUUAUAUUAUCAGUGGAUCUAAGGGUGACCGACUUUUGAACUGCUGGAGUUUAAGUGAAUCAGCGAAUGACAGAAAUGCAAUAGCAAGCUUUCUUAUGGAAGAUGUGGUAGAAUCAGUAGAAGUCAAUCUGUCAAGUGAAGGAGUUACAAAGAUGGUAACCACUCUCAGAAGUGGGAUGGUGCAUUUAUUUCAACAUACUCUGAAUGGAAAAUGUAGCAAACCUCUAAAACCAAAAACAUCAAUACAAGUAGUGUCAGACACUGGACAGUCUAAAGAUACUAUUACACCCAUCAGAAUACUUGGAGCCUCAUUUGUAGAUAGUGAGACUUUAUGUAUAGGAUAUGGCUCAGAAGCAAUCUUACACUUUGAAAACAUUACUAUUUCAAUAAAUAAAAAGCUCCAGUGUCUAGUGAGGAAAGAUCAACAAUCAAAAACACUGAAGCAAGAUCAAUCAUCAAAAACUGUCACGCCAUCAGUCAGCAAUGCACACUAUCUGACAUCGCAAACAUCAACAGUAGGUGCAGACUCUGCUUCAACAAAAAGAAAAAUUGAUGGAAAGGCUGAAAUCCCAAUGGAGAAGAGAUUGGAGAAUCUUACUUUGAAGGUGGAUGGAGAUAAAGCACCAAAAGCAGGCCACAAUAUGGCACACCUACUGGUACAAGGUCUUCACAGUAAGGACAGAAAUAUACUCAGGACUGUAUUAAGUAAAAGAGAUGAAGAGCUGAUAGUGAAUACAGUAAAGAGAUUACCAGUGAAUGUUUUGGUGCCAUUGAUACAAGAGCUAUCUAAAUUUGUGUCAGGGAAAACACUAUCGGCUCAGAUUGGUCGAGUAUGGAUGAAACAAAUCAUCCAGACUCAUGCAAGUGUUCUGAUAUCAAAUGCUGACCUUCCAAACUUGCUAGGCUCGACUGUGGGCAGUAUAGAGAGCAGGUUGUCCCUUGCUACCUCUGUGAAUAGGCUAAGAGGUAGAAUAGACCUCCUUAUACCACAGGUCAGCGGCACACAAGGACAGCAAAAUGGCGAUGAUGAACAGGCUGUUCUAGUAUAUGAUGACAGAGAUGAAAGUGAUCAUUCAGACAUAGAUCUGGAGAUAGAAGAGAACAGCGAAAGUGAAAACGAAUGGGAAGAAGAAAGUAUAGACGGCGAAACACCAGGAAAUAACGCGGAAGCGUCAGAAUCUGAUGCGGAGAUGUCCACAUAGUAAUUGAUUGUGUUUCAAUGAACAGAAUUAUGAUGUUUGUCAAUAUUUUUGUUACAGUCUUUUAUCUGAUGACUCGAGAAGAAUGUUUGUUAUAUUUAAAGGAGUAUUUUAUUAAAUAUUUCUUAAAAC